AAUUUUUAUAAAAUUAUUCCGAUAACGAGAUGUACUCGAGGAAGUUGUUUGUUGUGGCUGCCUUGAUGGUGGCCUUUGCUGCUGUUGCUGUGAUGGCAUCAUCAUCCUCUUCACCAGAGGUUGUUGAUUUGACUGAUAUGAAUUUUGAUAGAUUGGUCACUAAUAGUGAUGCUCCUUGGAUUGUUGCCUUUGUUGCUCCUUGGUGUGGACAUUGUCAAAGACUUCAUCCAGAAUAUGAUAAGGCUGCUAAAUCACUUGGAGGUGUUGUAAAUAUUGGACGUAUUAAUUGUGAUAAUGAAAAGGGAUUGGCCCAAAGAUUCGGAAUUCGUGGCUUCCCAACUAUUAAAAUCUUCCCUGCCUAUAAAUCAUCCAAGGCCAAGCCAGAAGAUUAUCAAGGAGCUAGAGAAUCAUCAAGUAUUGUCAGUGCUGCUCUCUCCUUGUUGAAUGCAGUUAAGGAUCCAGUUAAAAAGAUUGAUGAAGAUUUGGAUUCAUGGAUUCUCGAUGAAAAUUCAUCUCAAAAUGCUAAAGUUGUCUUGUUCAGCAGUAAGACUGCAAAUCCUAAUUUAUUCAAAUCAAUUGCUGUUGAAUUUACAAGCAGAAAGGUUGAUUUUGCCUUUGUUGGAGGUGAUAAAUUAAUUGAAAAGUUUGGCAUUGAAAAGACACCAGCAUUGCUUGUCUUUAAGAAUGGUCAAUCAUUGGAAGAUUAUGUUAAAUAUGAUGGUCAAUUGAAGAAGGGUUCUAUGGUUCAAUUUGUUGAAGCAAACAUUCCAAAGGGUGACCGUUCUGCUCCAGUUCCUGUUCCAAGAAAAAAGAAGGCAGCUCCAAUCACCAUUGUUGAAGAUAAGGAAACUUUGAAUAAGAAGUGUGAAAGAAUGUGUGUUAUUGGCUUUGUUGAUUCUCAAACUGAAUCACAACUCAAGCAACUUGCUGAAAAGUAUCCAGAAAAUACCAUUCUCCAAGUCAACUCUGGUUCUGAUGUUGAUACUUCAUUGAGAGGACUCUUCUCAAUUGAUUCUCAAGAAGGAUGGCAAAUUGUCGUCUAUAGAGCAAGCAAGAAGAAGUUUGCCCUCAAACAAUCCAUUACUGAACUCUCUGAAGCUUCUCUCCUUUUGGAUAGAGUCAUUGGUGGUGAUCAAGCUUUCAAAUCUCUCAAAGAUGAAUUGUAAAAUAUAAAUAUAUUCCUU